AUGUCUUUUUAUGAUAAUCGCUACUAUUAUCUCAACAAAAGAUUCCUGUCCAUAAUCGGUCAGUGGCCGUUUCAAUCGCGACUGAAGAAUAAUCUGAUGUUUUGCAUCAUGGUGUUCUUCCUUUUCACUCUGACGGCAUUAGAGUUUUGGGGAUUAGUUGCUGGAAUAACGGAUCUCAGCAUUAUCAUGGAAAAUGCCUCGCCGUUACUGGUGAAUAACUUUAUCAUCGUGAAACUUGUUAAUUGCGUGUGUGUUAAUUACAAAAUGAAAAAACUUCUGGAGGAUGUUGAAGAGACUUGGAAAGUAAAACAUGAGGGACCAGAAAAAGAAAUAUUAUGCUGUUAUGCAAAAGAAUGCAGGAUCUUCUCAAUACGAUACGCAACUGCUAUUUAUGCUAUGUGGCUCUUCUAUACCACAACACCGGUAAUCAUUAGUGGCAUAUAUAUAUUUUUACCGACGAACGAAACAUACUCAGCCAGGUUUCUGUAUCGCAUAGAACACGUUAUUGACAUCGACAAAUAUUUCAACUUAUUGAUGCUUCACGGAUUUAUUAGCGUAUUCUACGUAGUCUCCGUGCCGAUAGCUGUCGACACUUUCUUUAUACUUUGCAUUCAGCAUGUUUGCGCGUUGUUCAAGUGUAUAAAGUACAACAUAGAACGUAUAGGGAAUUCAGAAUUUGUGUUGCUCAAGCCGAAUAUCGCGGAUGAUAAAGCGUAUCAUGUCGUAAUCAGCUGCAUCAAAUCAUACAAACAUGUUUUAAAAUUUUCUGAUCUACUUUCAUCUGCCUAUGCAACUUCAUUUCUGUUAAUGUUGGGAAAUGUUGUUAUAUGCUUAACUUUUAGCACAGCUGAGUUGGUAAUGGUAGAUAAUCAAAUCGACGAAAUCAUCAGAAUUCUCGCUGCCACUUUAGCGCAAUUGGUACACAUAUAUUAUUUGAGUUUAACAUCUCAACGACUAAUCGAUCAUAGCAGUGAAUUUUAUGACGUAAUUUAUGGCUGCAAUUGGUAUAAUAUUUCACUGAGAUCAAGACAUCUUUUAAGAUUGACAUUACUACGUGCUACUAAACCGUGUCAAAUAAAAGCUGGUAAAUUAUUCAUAAUGUCAAUGGAAACUUUUAGCACGUUUUGGGGAUUAGUUGCUGGGAUAACGGAUCUCAGCAUUAUCAUGGAAAAUGCCUCGCCGUUACUGAUGAAAAAACUUCUGGAGGAUGUUGAAGAGACUUGGAAAGUAAAACAUAAGGGACCAGAAAAAGAAAUAUUAUGCUGUUAUGCAGAAGAAUGCAGGAUCUUCUCAAUACAAUAUGCAACUGCUCUUUACGCUAUGUGGCUCUUUUAUACCACAACACCGAUAGUCGUUAGUGGCAUAUGUACGCUUUUACCGACGAACGAAACAUACUCAGCUAGGUUUCUAUAUCGCGUAGAACAUGUUCUUGACAUCGACAAAUAUUUCAAUCUAUUGAUGCUUCAUGUAUUUAUUAGCGCAUUCUAUAUAGUCUCCGUGCCGAUAGCUGUCGACACUUUCUUUAUACUUUGCAUUCAGCAUGUUUGCGCGUUGUUUAAGUGUAUGAAGUACAACAUAGAACGUAUAGGAAAUUCAGAAUUUGUGUUGCUCAAGCCAAAUAUAGCGGAUGAUAAAGCGUAUCAUGUCGUAAUCAGCUGCAUCAAAUCAUACAAACAUGUUUUAAACACAGCUGAGUUGGUAAUGGUAGAUAAUCAAAUCGAUGAAAUCAUCAGAAUUCUCGCUGCCACUUUAGCGCAAUUGGUACACAUAUAUUAUUUGAGUUUAACAUCUCAACGACUGAUCGAUCAUAGCAGUGAAUUUCAUGACAUACUCGGUUUAGUGGCGGCGUGGCAGGAUUGGAGUCUCGUUAUCGAAUGUUCAUCUCCUAUUAUCAUUCACUCACUGUGCAUCAUAAAGUUUGCAAAUUAUUUCUUUAACGCUCGCAAGUUCAAUAGUCUCUUUAUCCAAAUGAGAGACAGCUGGAGAUUAGCAACGUUCGGGGCUCAGAUACAAAUUUUAACAGCCUACACCAACGAGGGCAAAAAAAUGGCUAAGGUGUACGCAGUUAUAAUAUAUGGUUCCACGUGCUUGUACAUGAUAUUGCCCGUCACACCGUCCAUCGUGGCGAUCUUGACAAACCCAAAUCAAACGCAUAUUCACGGCUUGCUGUACCACGUGGAGGCUGUCCUCGAUACGAAGAAAUAUUAUUACAUCAUCCUAUUGCAUUCCUAUUACGCGACCUUCUUUUUGAUGACCAUUCCGGUAGCGGCGGACUCCAUGAUGAUAGCUUACAUACAACACGCUUGUGGUCUUUUCCAAGCGAUAGGGUACGGUUCACAAAGACGCGAAAGUAGUUCAAAAUUUUCUGACUUAAUGAUUUUUCCCAGACACCAACUGGAAAAUGUAAAACAAAAUGACGACCUCAAAAUUAACAUUUACCCGCUGUACAAAGACGACGAACAUUAUCGCAUAAUCAGUGACAGCGUCUCGAAGCACAAACAAGUUUUACAAUUUGCCGAAUUAUUGGCGUCUUCAUACAGUAUAUCAUUUGUGGCAUUGAUAGUACUGAACGUGGCGAUUAUGACAUUCAGCGGAGUACAGGUAGUGAACAACCGAAAUCAGCCCUCGGAAGCGUUUAGAUUCUUACUCACGGGUUUAUGUCUGUCGGCACACCUUCUUUUUCUCUGCCUGCCUGGACAAAAAUUAAUAGAUCACAGCUUUAAUAUGCAUAAAUCUAUUUAUGCAGCAAAUUGGUAUGCCAUUUCCCUACGAGCGAGGAAGUCACUGAAUUUAAUGUUAAUACGUUGCAAAACGCCAUGUCAAUUGACAGCUGGGAAAAUGAGUGUCAUGUGUUUACGAAGCUUCAGCGGGGAUAAGGAACUUGCUCUGCUCGAGGAAAACGAGAAAAUGUACAAAAACUUCGUAUAUUGCAUUCAAAAACAUAAACAUGCCUUAUGGUUUGCCAAAUGCUUGGAGAUUGUUUAUACAAAGGCAUUCUUCAUGGAAGUUGGAUUAAUUGUAUUAGCUAUGAGUCUAUCGGCCCUACAGGCGACUAAUAAUACUCUUACUCCACAUCUUGCAAUCCGACAUGCCAGCUAUAUAAUCGCUCAAUUACUGCACUUAUAUAUCGCAUGCUGGUUGGGACAACAAAUAAUCGAUCAUAGCGAUCGCGUGUACACGUCAAUUUAUCGAGGUGAAUGGUAUGAAUCAUCGCCAAAAUCCAGGAAGCUUUUGAAUAUGAUAAUGCUGAGAAGCACCUUACCUUGUACAUUAACCGUUGGAAAGAUCAUGAUUCUUUCUCUUCCAAGUUUCAGCGCGGUCGUACGUGUAUCUGCUUCGUACUUUACGGUCUUACAAUCUGUACGGUAAUCUAGAAUUUUCAGAAUCUUUUUUCUGAAAAAUGUAAAAUUAUUGUCAAUAUGAGAGCAAUGUAUAAUAUUAUUAGUUAUUUAAGUAACAGCAGAAGAUAAUGUCUAUACUUAUGAAAAAAA